GUUUGCACAGUGUGCCACCACAUCACGUUGGAGAGGAAACCAACACUGACACACAGGUUUGAUUUUCCUUUAAAGACAUGUUUAAGGCUCAGGAUUGUGCAGGACAGCCUGGAUUUCUUUUCCCAACAUUAUAGUAAAGAAGAAGGCUGUAGCUCACAGACUCAGAGGGGAUUCGGCAUCCAUGGAGUCCAGUCCAUCCAGUCUGUCCUUACCAACAGAGGACGCCCAUGAGGUCUACGUUCAGCCACAUUACAAGGAAUCCUACCGCCUGGCCAUUUACGCCCUGCUCUGUGGAGGCAAAGAGGCCUACGAGGAGUACCUCCGAGUCGAGCAACUCAGCCACUUUCUGUCAGAGGAGGAGAUCCUCUUUAUCUUGGAAAAUGCUGAAUUACCGGUUGUGGAGGAACAUUCUAGGGGCUUGCAAGUUACAGAUGAAGGUAGCCCCUCUACCUACUUUCCAGCUGAGUCGGACGAGGAGGUGCCAGACCUGGACCUGGGAUGGCCAGAGGUUGCACUGGAGGGCAAGGACACCAGCAUCAGCCUGCUGUUUCACCCCCCCAGACAAAACACACCGACCAUUAAAGAAGUGGUGCGGAGGCAGAUUCAGGAGGCGCAUCAGGUUAUUGCCAUAGCGAUGGACGUCUUCACCGACGUGGACAUUUUUAAGGAGACCGUGGGUGCAGCACUGAGGGGAGUCAAGGUCUACAUCCUUCUGGAUGAUUCCCAAGUCAACAGCUUCCUCAAAAUGUCCCACGGUGUGGGCGUUAACAUCCACGACAUCAAGAACCUUCGUGUUCGGACAGUUCAGGGCCAACAGUACCAAUGCCGGUCCGGGAUGAAGUUUCACGGAGGUUUGGAGCAGAAGUUCAUGCUGGUGGACUGCAGGACAGUUUUGUAUGGAACAUACAGCUACACAUGGUCGUUUGAGAAGAUCAACCUGAGUAUGGUCCUGGUUGUCACAGGUCAGCUGGUUGGCUCAUACGACGAGGAGUUCAGAAGACUGUACGCUCAUUCAGUAGUUCCUGCAGUCUUGUCUGAGCGGAGGCCGCCGGUCCCGCACCUCAGAGACCCUAUGGUGAUGAGGAGUCCAAACUCCAGCCAGCUUUCCCUUAAUCAAGUUCCCAUGAGAUCCAGAAUGAUGCAGGGCCUAAGGAGCGCUCAGAGCAGCAGUUUUAGCAAUGGCGCCAUGAUUAGCCGGGGGUUGAGCGUGCAGGAGAGGCUGCAUCAGUCGCACGUUCCUGACGGAGGGAACUUGGUAAGAGGGCACAGUUAUGGAGGAGAGCUGCAAAAGGUGAACUCCAUGACCCGAGUGAGGAUGGGAACCAAGGACUUUGGAAUCCCUGUUACUCCUGAGAGGGCUGGAUCCAACCUGAGAGGUGGCAGAGCUUCUCAGCAACAACUAAGGCACCAGACCCGCUACGGUGCGGACCACAAUCUGAUACCAUUCAAUUCUGAAACAUCCCUCCACAGAUGGAAGAUGGAUACAUACCUCAACGAGAGCGACAUGCUUCUAGGUGCGUCAUAUGACGGAAUAUCCCCAAUGAUCUCACCACACAGCAGUCACAUGGGUUUAAAUGAGCUUCAGUCACAGCUGAUCCACAGCAGGUCCAGGGACAUCAAGUCCAGGAUGGAGGAGACGAGGCAGAAGAGACUCAGUCUACAGGAGACGGCCAAUCUCAGGCAAAGUAAGGAGUCCCUGAGGUCUGUGUACUCAACUGUAGAAAGAACGAAAGGUAUGACUUCAAUGAGAGGUCUGGAUGUUCGGCAGAGUGUGGCAGAACUGGUGCUAAAUACACAAAACAUGGAAGACAGCGAUCUGAAAAUGGAAGGUGGCAUGAGAGAGCAAAUUCUCACUGAUGGCCAUCGCUCGGUUUCUCAUUAUGACAUCAAAACAGCUGCAGAUAGAAAGAUGAUGAAAACGAACAACUGGCAGGAGACAGCUCUUUCUAGGACUAAAUCAGAUGCUGAUUUAGACGUAAAACUGACUGAUGCGGCACUCAAACUUUCUCUCUUGCACUCCAGCGGUCUCAGUAUGCAGCAGUCAAGGGUGAUGGAGUCUUUGACUGAGAUCCCUGAAGAGAAAGAAGUAUCAAACACUCAUGUUAGCAGUUUAGACUCAUCUAUCAGAAACAAAAUUGAAGAGGUUUGUAAAGCAGAAAAAGCUGCUGCAAGAGAAAACUCUGUACAAGCAAGCAUACCUGCAGAAUCGCAGCAACUGGAUCCAGACAGAGGAAGUCAUGUUUCUCUACUUAACGGUGAGACAUCUGUUAGCACUGAUACUGAAACUACUCCAAAGAUGUUAAAUGGAUCAUCUACAGAACGUCCUGCUCCAGGCGAGGCUCAUCGUCAUCACACAGAAAAGGACCAAACAGGACCAGAACUUCAGAGGAACAACUCCGCGAGAAUGAAGGUACAUUCAUUACCUGCAGCCGCUGAAAAGAAAGAAAAAUCCCUCCAAAGAAGGACCUCACUGAGAUCAUCACCCAGGCUAGAACAGCCAACAUCUGCUGCAGAGCGAACAACAAAAAAAGGUCAUUCACCUCAAAUCCACAGGUCCCAGAACUCACUCAGUGGCUCGUCAGAGACAGAAAAGCAGAAAGAUCCGUUCUCAAGACCGACUCCUCAACGUUUCGGCAGAAGGAAGAUCAAUCUGGACAAUGAAGGAGCGGCCGUUUCUCAAGCCGCAAGAGACAGAGUCUACAGCCGAUAUGAGCUUCUGUUUAGCUCUGAAAACGCCUCAGACAAAGACAGAAACUCCUCGCUGAAAAGAAGUAAGGCUGGCUAUCCACUGUAUCCGACACAAACUGCUUCAGACAACAAACUGGGUCGAUUCAUGCAGCGAGUGGGAAAUCUAAUCAACAAGAACAAGUAGGAGAAGGAGAAGCCCGGUUCAUGUUUAGUCCUGUUGUUAACGCUGGUUCCCACACAGCUCUACAGUAAGCUGCAUUCAGAUGAUGAUGUCUUUGGUAUCUGAAGGUUUACUCUGCGAUGCAAAGUCUCAGGAAAAAUAAAUCCUUCCCAGGAAACAGUUUUCUCCUAUAAUCUCAAUCAUGUCCUUUUAAAUGGUUUAGUCCUCAGUGGGGGGACUGGUCCAAAGACAGAACGGCUGGAUUAAACCACCUACCUCUUUAUUUAUCCUGUAAUAAUGUUUAAAAUAAUGUUUUUCUCAUCAAGUUCUUGCUCCAGACUUUCUCCUUUUUAUCUUUUAUGAGUUGAACUUCUAUGGUCCUAUUUUAUGUGUAACAGGCUCAACUAUAACAGCAAAAUCCACACUGGUCACAUUCUUCACUCAGCUUCACAGCUAAAGAGAAAUGCAGCCUUUCACCCUGGAAUCAGGAUUUAUGUCGUUGCACCAUCAGAUGUAUUCACAUGGGGAAAAAACUCAGCUUUUCUGAAUUUACAAGAUAAUUUUACCUUUAAUCUCUUCAGUUUUUAUACAUUUAUUGGAUAGAUUUUAAAAUAUAAUUUAUCUUCUUCUAUGUUUUGUUUAUAUUAACACAUUAUACAAAAGAAACUUAAUAAUAUUUCAGUUUUGUUUCUGAUUUUUAUUAGCAUUUUUACUAAUACUUAUUUUCCCUUUUUCUGAAUUGACAUUUAUUUUUCUAUAAAAAAUAUUUUUCUCCUCAUUUUACUCUGAAUUACUUCCAAGUUCUGGAGCCACAUUCUGAUCUGCAGUGUCAGAUGAUUUUCAGCAUCACUUUUCAGGCGUCAUUUAAACAUAUCGUUAACUUUCUUUGUUUUCAAGGUGUUACAAAAGCAAAAGAGUCAGAGUUCAGGUAAAAGUACAGGGUUACACAGCUUGGACUGUUCAUCACUCUUCAUACUUACACCAAGUCUGUUGUGAAAAAUGAAUUUAACGGUCCUGAAGCUGCAGCCUCCAGCCCUGCAGAUCCUCCUCAUCAUCAGCACGUCCUUGCUCAUAAUUAUUUAAUUUAUUUUAUCGAUUCAGAAAAAGUCAUAGAAAGCUUUUUUAAUGAGCUCAUUAAGUUAGAAAAAAAAGAUAAUAAAUAAAUAUCAUUUCAGUAAAAUUAAUCAGUUUAGGUAAAAAAAAUCUCAUUAAUUCAGAAAACAGUUAUAGAUUUUCUUUAACUGUUAUAAAUUCAG